AUGAACAAACUGUACAUUGGAAACCUCAGCGAGAACGCCGCCCCCUCGGACCUAGAAAGUAUCUUCAAGGACGCCAAGAUCCCGGUGUCGGGACCCUUCCUGGUGAAGACGGGCUACGCGUUCGUGGACUCCGCUCUGGUCCUCUCCACACCCACCAAGUGUUCCCGGUGGGCCCGGCGUAAACCGGAGAGGAGGGCCGGGGCGCCCCGCCGGAAGAAAGCCAGCGCCCCCUGCCCGGGUAAAACGGAACUGCACGGGAAACCCAUAGAAGUUGAACACUCGGUCCCCAAAAGGCAAAGGAUUCGGAAACUUCAGAUACGAAAUAUCCCGCCACACUUACAGUGGGAGGUGCUGGAUAGUUUACUAGUCCAGUAUGGAGUGGUGGAGACCUGUGAGCAAGUGAACACUGACUCGGAAACUGCAGUGGUAAAUGUCACCUACUCCAGUAAGGACCAAGCUAGACAAGCCUUAGACAAACUGAAUGGAUUCCAGUUAGAGAAUUUCACCUUGAAAGUCGCCUACAUCCCUGAUGAAGUGGCUGCACAACAGACCCCCUCGCAGCAGCCCCGCGGCCGCCGUGGGCUUGGGCAGAGGGGCUCAUCGAGGCAGGGCUCUCCAGGAUCAGUUUCCAAGCAGAAACCAUGUGACUUACCUCUGCGCCUGCUGGUUCCCACCCAGUUUGUUGGAGCCAUUAUAGGAAAAGAAGGCGCCACCAUUCGGAACAUCACCAAACAGACACAGUCCAAAAUCGAUGUUCAUCGUAAAGAGAAUGCAGGGGCUGCAGAGAAGUCAAUCACUAUCCUCUCUACUCCUGAAGGCACCUCUGCGGCUUGUAAGUCUAUUCUGGAGAUCAUGCAUAAGGAAGCUCAAGAUAUAAAAUUCACGGAAGAAAUCCCACUGAAGAUUUUAGCCCAUAAUAACUUCGUUGGCCGUCUUAUUGGUAAAGAAGGAAGAAACCUGAAAAAAAUUGAGCAGGACACAGACACUAAAAUCACAAUAUCUCCAUUGCAGGAGCUGACGCUGUAUAAUCCAGAGCGCACCAUUACUGUUAAAGGCAGUGUUGAAACGUGUGCCAAAGCUGAGGAAGAGAUAAUGAAGAAGAUCAGGGAAUCUUAUGAAAAUGAUAUUGCUUCCAUGAAUCUUCAAGCACAUUUAAUUCCUGGUUUAAAUCUGAAUGCCUUGGGUCUGUUCCCACCCACUUCAGGGAUGCCACCUCCCACCUCAGGGCCCCCUUCAGCAAUGACGCCUCCCUACCCACAGUUUGAGCAAUCAGAAACGGAGACUGUGCAUCUGUUCAUCCCAGCCCUAUCAGUUGGCGCCAUUAUCGGCAAGCAGGGCCAGCACAUCAAACAGCUUUCUCGCUUUGCAGGAGCUUCAAUUAAGAUUGCUCCAGCUGAAGCGCCUGAUGCUAAAGUGAGGAUGGUGAUCAUCACUGGACCACCAGAGGCUCAGUUCAAGGCUCAGGGAAGAAUUUAUGGAAAAAUUAAAGAAGAAAAUUUUGUUAGUCCUAAAGAAGAAGUGAAACUUGAAGCUCAUAUCAGAGUGCCAUCCUUUGCUGCUGGCAGAGUUAUUGGAAAAGGAGGCAAAACGGUGAAUGAACUCCAGAAUCUGUCAAGUGCUGAGGUUGUUGUCCCUCGUGACCAGACACCUGAUGAGAAUGACCAAGUGGUUGUCAAA